CGCGCACACGCAUUGCGCAAGCAGACCGUUUGAAAAAACGCGCCGAAAAAAGUCUCGGGCCUUUUUAUACUUAGUGCUACAUACUUUGUACUCGAAAAUACAAUAUAAAACAAAAAUCGUACGAAACGUAACAUAUUUUUACAUAGUGCUUAUGAAUUUAAAUCUCGUUAAUUUGAACAAAAAUCGAAGAACACGUUAUUUGUUUACCUCCUGCAACUUAAGAGUAGUACAGCUGUUAUGAGAAAGUCUGUCAAUUCGUGAUGGUGUUAAUAUGAAUUAUAAAGACAGGAAGAUGAACUUAAAGUUGAACAAUGAAAUUAGACCGGCACCCAGGUUGAAGCUUAAAAAAAAUCCGGCAACUAUCAAGGAAGAGCGUCAGCGCACUGGCCGAUACAUCGCGAUCCUAGUGGGCAUCUGCUUGCUUCUCCUAGCGAUAUACCACGCGUGGGUGCGGAAGAUACCAGUCGUCGCCAGUUUGGUCGUGCCCGCACUCAUCAUGUUUAUCUACGUGGGUUGGGUGCUGUACUCUGCUAACAGGGAGAAACAUCGGCGCCUUGACUUGGAAGCAGCAAUCACCGCAAACCAUUUAAAACAAAGACAAGAAGCUUUAGCCGCCGAACGAGCAAAGAGGGAACAAUCCAGCGGGAAAAACAGCCCUCGACCAUCACCCAGCAACUCAGUGCAUAAGGACCUAUCCAGGGCCCCUUCCAACGUGAGCCAGGCUUACGAAACUCGUCAUUUCAUUAAACCUAUAAUCUUAGUCAAUGAUAGACCUCCAGAUGACCCUGAUGAUAAGUGGACGCAACUUGUGGAUGUGAUAUCGCAGAGUGAGAAGUUUAAAGCUAUUACUAGUAGAAGGAAAUUUAAGCGGAAGUUUUGUAGGAGUAAGCGGAUUUUGUAUAAAAGGUCUUACUCGAUCGCGUAACGUGUAUUUAUUAAAAUAUUGUAUUUUAGUUUAAUUAGUCAUCCUUGCAUAUUUCUUAGAUACUUAUUAUAUUGGUAUUUUUUAUAUACAAUUUUUGACUACGUUGUACGUGUCAAUAACUGACUUAUUAUACAACAUAAUUAUGUCGAAUAAUUGAUUUGUGUAUGUGUCUGGUACAUGGAAGUUAAUAAGUAAUAAUUCAUAUAACUGGACGUCAGUUUAGUACGCGCGUUUUAAAUAGGUAAAAAAUGAAAUAUACAGGGUGCUUUGAGGAACCCAAAUAAUUUUGCCAGCGUGUUCCUGUUUGCCCAUGUUUAGAAAAUAAAAAGUCAUACAAAGUAAGCUGGUUUCGGGAUAGUUUUUGAGUAAUUGAUGAUUUUUCUUUUUUUUAAUAUUUCAGUAUAAUGCACCUUUAUUAUAGCGACGUUGCAAGACCGACACAUUACCUGACUGACGUAUUCUGCAUAAAUCAAUUUUUUUAAAGAAAAAUUCUCUUACGUAAGAAGAAAAAUGUACG